UCGUCGUCUCGUCUUCUUCUUGUUCCUGCCAAGAAGGUCAAAAAACCCAAUCCAUCAACCGCUGCUAAUCCAAGGGGAGAAGAAAAAAUGGUGAAACGCAUCAGUUUCACGAGUUGAAGGAUCUUAUCGUCCGUCUCCGCCGCUGCUUACGCUGCUUCCGUUCACCCACUCGCCUCCGGUGGGUUUCCGGUGGCCGGUAAUAUCGGCUUCGUCGAUUUCGAUUUGAAUAUGAAGAGAAGUGACAACUUCAACAGCAACAACGACAAAAAAGGCGAUAAUCACAGUGAGAACAGUACCAAUGGCUUGUUGCCGAAUUCACUAAAGAUCAUAUCUAACUUCAUCAGAACAGCUUCCUCCGGCGUCCGUUUAGCCAGCGCCUCCGUGGCCGCUUCUCUUUCCGGCCAGUCUCUGGAGAACAAGGACCAGGUGCUUUGGUCCUCCUUUGACAGAUUACACAUAGAUCCAUCUUCCUUCAACCAUGUCCUCUUGCUUGGUUAUACCAACGGUUUUCAAGUCCUUGACAUCAAUGAUGCUGCUAAUGUCAGUGAACUUGUUUCAAAGCGGGAUGACCCAGCCACAUUAUUACAGAUGCAGCCCCUCCCUGCAAUGUGUGAGGGUAUUGAAGGAUUUAGAACAUCACAUCCCCUACUUAUAGUAGUUGCUGAUGAAGCUAAAGUCUCAGGGAAUCUUGCCCUUUCUCCUACAGUUGUCCGAUUCUAUUCUCUGAGAUCUCACAACUAUGUUCAUGUUCUGCGAUUCCGAUCAACUGUCUAUAUGGUCAGAUGCAGCCCCCUAAUAGUAGCUGUUGGCCUUGGUUCACAGAUAUACUGUUUUGAUGCUCUAACUCUUGAGAACAAGUUCAGUGUUCUCACUUAUCCAGUCCCUCAGUUUGGAAGCCAAGGGAUAUCUGGGAUCAAUGUUGGAUAUGGUCCGAUGGCUAUCGGUUCUAGAUGGUUAGCUUAUGCUUCCAACAAUCCUUUGUCCUCUAAUACAGGUCGUCUAAGUCCACAGAAACUUGCGUGUCCUGGUGUAAGUCCAUCUACCUCGCCAAACAGUGGAAAUCUAGUGGCAAGAUAUGCCAUGGAAUCUAGUAAGCAUCUCGCUGCUGGGUUAAUCAACUUGGGUGAUAAAGGUUACAAGACUAUAUCUAAAUACUGUCAGGAUAUCAAGCAUGAUGGUACUGGUUCUCCCGUUUCUUCCAUUUCCAGUUGGAAAGGUGGUCGUCCCGCAUCACACUCAGCAGAAACAGAUGUUGCUGGAACGGUUGUCAUCAAAGAUUUUGAAUCACAAGCUAUUAUAUCGCAAUUCAGAGCUCACACUAGUCCACUAUCUGCUCUGUGUUUUGAUCCAAGUGGCACUCUGCUAGUCACUGCAUCAAUCCACGGAAACAAUAUAAAUAUCUUUCGGAUUAUGCCAUCUUCCACAAAGAGUGGAUCAGGCACCCAAACCUAUGAUUGGAGCUCUUCUCAUGUACACCUCUACAAACUGCAUCGUGGUAUGACAUCAGCGGUAGUGCAAGAUAUUUGUUUUAGUCAUUAUAGUCAGUGGGUUGCUAUUGUUUCAUCCAAGGGUACAUGCCACAUUUUUGUUCUUUCCCCUUUCGGUGGAGAAAAUGUUCUUGAAAUACAGAAUUCUCAUGGCGAUAGACCUUCACUUGCACCAUCAGUGUCCCUGCCGUGGUGGUCGAGUUCAUCAUUCACAACCAACCCCAUUUCUCUUACACCGCCAGCGUCUGUAAAUCUGACUGUAAUUAGCCGAAUCAAAAGCAACAAUUUCUUCCAAGCUGCGAGUUCAGUUGCGGGGAUACCAUCUUUUCCCUCCGGUGCCAUUGCUGCUGUUUUCCAUCAAUCUGUACCUAACGAGUCAUUGUCAGCUAAUGCCUUGGAGUAUUUACUGGUUUACACUCCGUCUGGUCAUGUGGUUCAAUACAAAAUCGUGCCACAACUUGGAGGAGACCCGGCUCAAAGCUACUCAAGAGUUGGAGCAGCUUCUGUGUCAACCUCUGAUGAGGAGUUGCGGAUGAAAGUUGAACCAGUGCAUUGUUGGGAUGUCUGUCGAAGAACUGAUUGGCCAGAAAUAGAGGAAAACAUACAUGAGCUUAUUCUUGGUCGACGAGAAACUGCAGAUAUUACUACAGACGCUUCUGAUAUUGAGGAUAAUGACAUUGGACACAAGGAGUUGGUGAAGCCUCCAGAAAAGGACCAUGUAUAUCUUGCCAAUGCAGAAGUGCAGAUUAACUCAGGAAGAAGACCGAUCUGGCAAAAUUCUAAGAUAUCUUUCUAUUCGAUGUUUCAACGAGAGGCUGAUGUUGAGAACUCAAGUGUUCACCAUUCCGGUGGGGAGACAGAAAUUGAGAAGGUAUCUGCAAGUGAGGUUGAAAUCAGGCGAAAGGCAUUCCCUGUGUUCGAUGAUUUUCACAGUAUCAACUCGAGCAACCGAGGUCUUCCUGGGGAAAAGUACCCGGAUUCAUCUUCUGAUCCUGAUCAAGCAAAAGAAAAUCUGCUGACAGGGAUUUCUUGCUUGGCCAUUGAGAAUGAUGAGAGAAAAGGAAGCAAUCCCUCUUCUGGAGUACAUAUACAAAUACAAAAUCAAAAUCCCCCUAACGACACUGACUAUAUCGACACCCCUCUGCCCGUUGAAAUAACAAUUGGAAACAGCAGCAGGGCCAGGGAAAGUGAAGCUUCGAGUGGAAGCUCUAACCGUUCUGAUCUCAGCAUGAAUGCCCGAGAAGAGGGAACGAGUGACGAAUCGCCCAAUUUUGACCCCGCAGAAAACGCUACUGAAGCAGACAAUGAUGCUCCAUGCCAUCGUGAAGAAUCUGAUGAAGGUGGCGACAACGACGAUGAUGUUUUCCCUUUCUCAGAAGAAGGUUGAGAAUGCAAUGAUCUUCUUGCUCGUGUUUUGGCAAUGGAGAGGGAGGGGUAUCACUCACUUACUAACCCAAGAUGCUUACUUGACUGAUUAAAUAGAAUUGGCUUCUUCGUGGUGUGUUUCCAGUUUCAGGGAACAUUCCGGUCUUCUCUCUCGAGCUCGUUAAUGGGAUAUUCGUUUUCAACAGUCUCCAUUUAGUUUCAUGGGCUGUUUCUUCUAAUUCUUCUUCACGUGUAACUCUUCUUUUCACUCAUCAUGAAAAAGGGGGAAAUAGAGUAAAGAAAGAUUUUUUUGAUCC